CAAAGCUGGCCCCAUAUAUAACAUCUUCACACAUGCAGUCUCUGCCUGUGUCCCAACUAUUAUUUACUGCUCAAGGUCAACAACACAGGAGAUCCCAGAUCAUAGACUCCUGAGUUUUCAGACACAGGGACCAGCAGGACUCCAGGCACUCACGUGACUCCUCCUUUGGUCUCCUCUACUCCACUCUCCAGGAUUUCAUUUUAUCCAACUCUACUCAUUGCUGCCCAACAAAACCAAGCAUCACAGCCUCCAGACUUUGCACAGUCUUGCAGGGGGUCCAACCAUGUCAAUGAAGUAUGAAGACCUCCAGUCCUUGGAGAGUGAGAAGAAUAGCCAGAGGACUAGAAAUGGGCUGCCUGUGCCCCAGGUCCUCCUGCAGCACCUCUGCUCUGGACCCCGCCUCUUCCUGCUCUUCCUGGGCCUCAGCCUCCUCCUGCUGGUCGGCAUCUGUGUGGUUGGAUCCCAAAGUUCCAAGAUUCAGAGGGACCUGGAGACCCUGAGAGCAACUUACAGCAACUUCACUUCAAACACUGAGGCAGAGGUCCAGGCACUGCAUGCCCAGGGUGGCCUCUUGCAAGAAAUGAUAACAUCUCUGAAAGCAGAAGUGGAAAGCCAGGGGCAGCAGCUGCAAGCAGCUCACAGCUUGAAUGACAAGGUGUUCUCUUUGGAGAGCAAGGUGGAGAAAGAGCAGCAGGAACUCAAAGCAGGCUAUUCUGACAUGGUCAUGCGAGUCCAGGAGCUGGCCAGAGACCUGAACUCCCUGAGUUGCCAGAUGGCUGAUCUCAAGAGCAAUGGCUCCCAGAAGACCUGCUGCCCCAUUAACUGGUUGGAGCAUGAAGGCAGCUGCUAUUGGUUCUCCAGUACUGAUAAGCCCUGGUCUGAAGCUGAAAAGUACUGCCAGCUGGAGAAUGCACACCUGGUGGUGGUCAGCUCUUUGGAGGAGCAGAAAUUUCUCGAGCAACAAACAUUCUCUGUUGACACCUGGAUUGGCCUUACUGACAAAGAUGGUUCCUGGACGUGGGUGGAUGGGACAGACUAUGAGAAGGGCUUCCAGUUCUGGAAUGCACUACAGCCAGACAAUUGGCAUGGACAUAAGCUUGGGGGAGGCGAGGACUGUGCCCACCUAAUGGAUUCUGGCCAAUGGAACGAUAAUGUCUGCAUGAGACUCUUCCACUGGGUCUGUGAGAAAAGGCUGGGCAGGACCAGCUAAAAGCUUCCUCUCCCCUAAUUUACAAUAUUUCCUGAAUGCCUUCACCUGCUAAGGAAACCUAGAUUGGCGAUUCUUUUUUCUAGGUGUCCAGCAUCUUCUCAUGGAUUUUUUUUCCCAGGAUUUUAAGGGAAGGCGAGAGGAUGGUGAAUGAGGAAUGUAGAAUGAUGUCUGAUGGGGUGGGUAGAUUGAAACGAUGCCUCUUUCUAUUGUCUGGAGGUUAUGAGUGUAAAUUUUUAGAGUAAAAAGAGAAAUAUAUGAAACA